AUGUUUGAAUCAGAAAUGGUGGCUGUGGACUUCAGCAAGCAGCUGUGCAUUGCCAAGUAUAACAGCAGCGCUUCUCCUGACUCAGUGUUUUACCAGGAUCUUGUUCUCGGAGACGGCCAAGGUGUGGCGACUGGAGAUGUCCUGGAGAUCACUUUUACAGGCUGGCUGUUCCAGAACGGUAGUCUUGGGCAGGUUUUCGACUCGAAUGUAAAUAAAGAACAGUUGCUGCGUCUGAAGCUAGGCUCUGGCAAAGUCAUCAAGGACUGGGAAGAUGCAAUGAUUGGCAUGAAGAGAGGAGGCAGGCAGUUCCUUCUUAUCCCACCAGCAUUGGCUUACUGGCCUUUGGGAGAAGCUGAAGGCAUUCCUCCGGACUCAACCCUGGCCUUUGAGGUGGAAGUCAAAUGGGUGUGGUUUGCAAAGGACGCUGGCUCCACCGGACAGAGCCUGGGCCCCAGGUACUCCCUCACACCUUCACCAGCGCCACAAUCAGAAAGCCCCACUACAGAGCCAGCAUGGCUCCAAAGCCAGGCUAUGUGGAGCAGAGCAACCUGUUAUUUGAGCAGAGCAACAGCUCACUGCAAAGGACCAUGGAGCACACCCAGGCAAGGUCCUACAUGCUGAACAGGAGAAGGUCAGGGUCAGCAAGGAGCUAGCGGAAACCAUGGUGCGAAUCUCCCAGAUCCAGCAGAGGUUGAUCUGUCUUCAGAAGCAGGGGAUGGAUUUCCACUCCCAACUGAAUGAAGCCCUGACAGAGUUGGAGGGGCACAGUGCCCUGGUCAACCUACUGCAUGCACAGCUGGCAGAACUUGAGAAGUUGUCUGACUUGAAAAGCAGAUACCAGGAGGUGAACCUGAUCGGGAUGCAGUUGGAGGAGAAGGUGGCAGGCCUGGACGUAGAGCUGGCUUAUCACCACGUUCAAAUUGAGAAUCUGGAUAAGGUCAGGAUCAGCCAGGAGAUCGCAGAGUCAGUGUGGUGUAGUGGUUAAGAGCGGUAGUCUCGUAAUCUGGGGAACCGGGUUCGCAUCUCCGCUCCUCCACAUGCAGCUGCUGGGUGACCUUGGGCUAGUCACACUUCUUUGAAGUCUCUCAGCCCCACUCACCUCACAGAGUGUUUGUUGUGGGGGAGGAAGGGAAAGGAGAAUGUUAGCCGCUUUGAGACUCUUUAGGGUAGUGAUAAAGCAGGAUAUCAAAUCCAAACUCCUCUUCUUCUUCUUCUUCUUCUUCUUCUUCUUCUUCUUCUUCAGAAGCCAAGUUGCAGAUCACCCAGCUCCAGCUGGAGCAGCUCCGUCAUCAGAAGCAGGAGAUGGAUCUCCACUCCCAAGUGACUCAAGCCCUGACUGAGUCGGAGGGGCAUAGCGCCCUGGUCAACCGACUGCAUGCACAGCUGGUGGAACUUCAGAAGUCGUCUGAUGACAUUAAAAGUAGAUACCAGGAGGAGCAGCUGAUCGGGAAGCAGUUGGAUGAGAAGGUGGCAGCCGUGAAAGAAGAGCUGGCUGAUCUCCUUGUUCAAAGGAGAAUCUGGAUAAGACAACAACUCUGCAGCUGCUGGAGAGUCAGGGGGAGCAAAGGAGGAGGAGCAGCACCAAGGAGGAAGGACCUGCGGAAAGGAAGCAGCCAAGUGCCGCACCCCUUUAUGGGCAUCCCCACAGCAUCUUUCUCCGAAAACCAGCACCAGUGGCAUCCCCCGCUCCUUUGGCUAAUCUGAAGGAAAGCUCAAGCAGUCCUCCAUUCACGGCUCUCAAAGGAGCCCAAGACAGACUGCUUUUUGCAGCUCCUGAGGCUCAUUCUUCGGAAGAACAGGGUGAACAGACUCCUGCAGCCUCUGUUCAAACUGCAAGGCCGCCUCUCAGGCUCUCCGCCAGUAUUGAGAAGGAGAAGCCAAGCACUCAGGGACACAAUAGACACCGCCAUUCUGGCACCUCCAAAUCCAGUGGCGGAUGAGACGGCACCUGCAAUGGAGGGGCCCACAACAGGUCCAAAGGGCAAGGAGGAGAGUGGGGCAAGUCAGCACACGCAGGCCUCACCUCUGAAGCUGCUCUAGCCGACAAGCAGCAGGACUUGGCUGGAGCCUCACAGCCAAGACCAGCGUCCAGCCCUAUGUAAGCGGAUUCCAGUCUUCUUGAGGACAAGGGUGGUUUCUUCAAAGUUGCCACUCUCAAGCCAUCUGCAUUGGGAACUCUGUUGGCAGAAGAUGAAGACGAGGAAGAGGUGAGCCUUAAGGAUCGGCCUCCCCCCACCCCACUCUUUGAUGAUGAUGAUGACGACAACGACGAUGACGAUGACCUGUACCUGCUGGGAUGA